AUACAGAGGUGGAUUAAAUAUAGGCCUUGUUCUCAAGUUGCUAUAAACACAUGUACAUUGGCACAGGGUAAAGGGGCAAAAGAGAAGUGUGACCUAUUCUACUUGGAUAGCAUUGUUCUUUCCAAGAUGAGCAGGUGUUCCUGGGGAGUGGGAGGCAGGAGAGAAGGAAUGGAAAAGGGAGGGGUGGGAGGAGGGGUGGCUGGACAAGAGGAACUUAUAACUGAAGAACCAGGGCCUGGGUCCUGGGGACCAGUUCUAUCCUGAUAAGGAGUUCUUACCUCAUCCUGAAGGCAGUGGAAUGCUAUUAAAGAGGAGGAAUGUGCUGAACCGGUUUGGCUGCAUUGUGAGGACUGGAUGUGGGUAGUGAGACAGAAGUCAGGGAGGCCAGGCAGAAGGUUACUCCAGCUGUCUUGGUCAGAGAUAAUGAAGGUCUAAACCAAGACAGAGGCAGAUAUGGGGGCAGGUAGGCAUGGCAAGACUUGGUCAUCAGGUUGGUGAGAAGUGAGGGAAAAAAUGAUCCUUAAGGCUUCCCUGGAGGCGCAGUGGUUGAGAGUCCGCCUGCCGAUGCAGGGGACAUGGGUUCGUGCCCCGGUCCGGGAAGAUCCCACAUGCCGCGGAGUGGCUAGGCCCGUGAGCCAUGGCCGCUGAGCCUGCGCGUCCGGAGCCUGUGCUCUGCAGCAGGAGAGGCCACAACAGUGAGAGGCCCGCGUACCGCAAAAAAAAAAAAAAAAAAAAAAGAAUGAUCCCUAGAUUUCUAGCUGAGGUGUCUGUUGCUCUCUGAAAUGGAAGAUACAAGAGGAGGUGGUUCAUGAAGGGUAGGGAGAAGAUGGGGGGUUCAUAUGGGACAUGCUGGUUUGAUGUUUUGGGAAUGUCCAAGAGGACAUUGGCUACGUGCUCAGGAAAGCAGUCUGAAUUGGAGACCCAGAUUUAUGUCAUUUUAUUAGUGGAUGUUGAAACCAUGGAAGUGGAUAACAUUAUCCAAGACAAGGCUGUGUAACUUCUUCUGAGAAGGAGACCAAAGACAGAACCUUGGUAAUCACCAAUUUAAGGGGUACAGCAGAGAAAGAGGGGACAGCAAAGGAGUUAGGAAAGAAUUAAAAAGCUGGGAAGGAAGAGAGAGAUGAGAGGGGUCUGUCAUGGAAGCCAAAGGAACAGUUUGCAGAAGAAGAGAUUGAUUGGUCAACAGGGUCAAGUGAGAUGAGAUUAAAAGAAGGCCACUGGGUUUGGCUGUUAGAUCACUGGUGGCCUUUGCCUGGGCUAUUCUGCUAGAGGGGCGGGGAUGGCUGCCAUGCUGUAGGUGGCUGGAGCAGAAGAGAGAGGUAGAGACUCUGAGCUCACUAAAGUAGGGACUAGGCUUCCUUCACUGGUGCCUAGUAAAGCUAAUCCAUCCAUUAAAUGAGGGAGUGAAUAAACUUGGAUUGAAAAGGAAGAGGGGUGGGAUAUGCAGUGGCAGAGUGAGAAACAGGGUUCAUAGAGUGUUUUGUUUGAAGAUGUUCAUAGCCUGUAAGGAGAAAAAAACCCCAAAACACUAAAGAGGCAGAAGGCAAGAAUUCUGGCUGGGACCUAGAGUUCAGGUGCUUGGGCAGGAGGAAGGAGGGCCACUUCCCCAGGCUGGAAGUUGAUGAGGGUGGGGGCAGCCAUAGAUAAUGCUGGUGAAAUUUUGUGCUGAGAGGAACAGAAGCAGGGUAGGAGUUUCCACGAAAGAGCUUGGAGUUUCAUUCAUUCAUUCCAUUAAUUUUGAGUACUUUCUGUGCUGUGGAAAACAGAAGGAGCUCACCAGGGACCAGUAGAAGGAUGACCAAGUGCCACUGAAAGCCCAGCUGAAGUUCCCAAGCAGUCAGCUACCUUCCUUAAGCAGGACUCAGCUCCAGUACCCCAAAGGACAAAGCUAAUUGUAGGAGGAAAAAGGAAGUGGCACACUCUACCCUGUGGUUGCUGAUGGAGCUGCUGCCGGUUGGAGUUGUCUUUGGGAACACCCUGGGACAAUUCCUGGAACUGUCCCUUCUUGCCUAGACUCUGGCUCUACUCUGACACUGCUAUUCAUGACUCCAGAUUCAGCUCCUAUUAUGCUUCUUCCAAGAAGGUCACCCCAUCCCUAUCUCAGUAGGUGUCCUUGUUCUGUCCUCCCACAGGCCUUCCUCCCCACCAUUUCCCUAUCAGUGUCUGCCUCACACUACUGUCAUGCACUGUUCCACAGACCUCUCCUGCCUCUCCCCUCCUCAUCCCCUCCCCCAGCCCCUUGACAGCAGGGACUGUUGUGUCGUUCUUUUAAUCUGCAUCUUCUGGGGACUGCACCUGGAGCUUCUCAGGAAAUGUUUUUGGAAUGAAUGGCAUGAGGAGGGGGGCUGCUGUCACCUCUCUACUCUCUCAGAUAUAAACAGGUUACCCAGCUGGGAGAGAGGACAUCUGCUGGCUGGUGUGGCGUCCAGCACUGACGCAUCUACCUUCUCUGAAGGUGAAUUCAAGGACACUGACAGGUGCUGCUGGAAACACAGAAAGUGCAUUGGGCACAUCAUCCAUCCCUUCACCUCUGACUAUGGCCACCACGACGUGCACCUGCACUCUGUCAGCCACUGUGACUGUGAUUCUAGGCUGAAGGACUGCUCAGAAAAGACAUAUAGCAGUUCCGGAGAUACGGGCCCAACCUGCUCCCAAGAUGUGGACUCAGCCUGUUUCAACAUCAUCCAGUGCCCAUGCUUUGAGCUCAUCCCAGAGGAGGAGUGUGUGGAACGGCUCUGGUGUGGCUGGUGCAAAAGCUACAGGCCUGUCUCCGUGGCAGUGAUCCACCAUCCCAUCCACCGUGAGUGCGGGGCAGAUGACCUAAACCAAGAAGAGGAAGAGGAGGAGGAGGAGGAGGAGGAAGAAAGCAAGCCUCCCAUCCCGACCCAGGUGGGGCCCCCUGCCCUCCCCACCAACACAGGUAUGGGCGUGGUCACAGGUACCCCUGACUUAGCAGCUCCCAUCACCAUCUGGCGUUCCGAAAGCCCCACAGGGAAGUCCCAGGGCAAUAAGGUGAUCAAGAAGAUAAAGAAGAAAAAGGAAAAAGAGAAAGACAAGGAGGAGGAGACGGACGAAAAGGCAAAGGUGAAGAAAAAAGUCAAGAAGGGCAAGUUGACUAAGAAGAAGAGCCCAGUUAAAUCAGAAUCACCUCCAGACUUAAGCCAAUUGUUAAGCCCAAGAGAGUUGGCCAGGAUGUCAGAGUCCAGCCCAGACAGCCGGCAAGAUCUGGAGAGUGAGGACAGUUACAAUGACCCUGGGCGGGAGGAACCCUCCAGUGAGGAUACUGUGGAGUCUUCAUCACCCAGGAAGAGAGAGAAGAACAGGGUCCAGGCCAAGAAGCCCGGGAUGAAGACCUCGCCAGUCAAGAAGGUCAACAAGAGGAAAUCUCCCCCAGCAUCAAACCCCAAUCUCAGUUGAGGCCAGGGCAACCAGGGUGAAGAAUAAAUGUGAUCAAGUCUGUAGCUGACCCCCUGCUUCUCGCUCCCUCCAACCUGGCUACUUCUGGGGGGAGGGGGCAGCCUCUGGGCCUAACUGGAGCCAAGGGGCUAAGGAGCUGCAGGUGUUUCUGAAGGGCAAUCCAUCUUUCAAGAGGAAGCCCAGAGAAGGCAGGUGGGAGGGCAGGGAAGGGGCACAGCCUGUUUCUCUGUAACAUCCUGGGUCCAGGGCAGAAGAGCACCUCUGGGUGGGAAGGAGGCUUCCUGUCUACUGGGAGACAGGUCUGUGCAAAAUCCACUUGGUGACAGGCAUUGUGUGCAGUGAUACCACUAAUAAAUUGAACCUUUUAACCCACUCUCUGCCACCUUGCCUGGCCUUUUCCUCCUCUAAGUGGCCCUGGGGCAGGUGCUGGUGGCAUCAAAAGGAACAGGAACCUUCCCAGCUGGUGUGGCCAUGCUCCUGCUAGGCCCUUCUAGGCCUUUUGUGCUGAAGGGAAAGGAACUGAAUUCCUGUCAGAAGGCCAGCCCCUUGUCCCAAUUCUUGCCAACAAACAGCCAAAGGGAUCUUGAAUGAAGGAAAGCAAGGCAGGGAGCUCUCCAAGUUUGGGCAGCAGUGGCCUUUUCUGACUUCUCUGCUGAGCCCCAAGCAGAGGCAAGGGAGGGGGAAAGCUUUGCUUUCCCAGAGUUGACAGGCAAAGCUGUGAGGUGAAGCCCUAGUGAAGAAACACAGGGAGAUCAGUCCAGAUCAAAAGAGGCAAUGGGGCUGGGGGAAGCGACUAGUCAGCUCUCUUCGCCAGGGAUGUGUGUGUGUGGGACCAGGUGAGUGGGGGGCCCAUCGUGGGGGAGAUACAGUUGACUCACGUGGAGGUACCGUCAGAGACCAAGGCCCAGCCGGCAAAAAGGGGAGAGAGAGGUGCAGGGUUCAAGUGGAGACACCCAGAUUGACUUGUGGCCUUUCUCCCAUGUGCCAGAGAAGACUAGAAUGCACAGUGGAUGGGGUGGCUGUGUGUGAGUGUAAUAGCAGCUGCUAACAUUUCCUGAGGCCUGAUGAGGUCCCAGGCACUGGACUUAGCACUUCACACAUUCUUUCUUAGUCCUCACAGCUGCCCUGCUGAGCUAGGUAUCAUCAUCUCCAUUUUACAGAUAAGAAAGCUGGCUUAGAGACAACAGGAACUCGCUCAAGGUCACAGGGCUGGGAAGUGGAGCAGGGAUGUGACCCUAGGCAACGUGGUAUAGAAGCCACCUUCUCCUCUCUAAGUCCCUGCCUC